UAUAGCGCAUGCGCUGUUUUACUAAACGGAAGUGUCAUUAAUAGUUUGUAGUAACCGAAUGCAGCUGUUGUCUCUUUCGUUUUGUAUUUGUGGUGCUGAGUCUCUGCUGUUACAUUAAUGAAGGAUUUCCAGUGUAAGUGUUGAUAAGAGUGCUGUAUAGACAUGGUGGGAUAUGAUCCCAGGGCUAAUAGUGGAUCUCCUACCCCAGAAGAGGCAGCCCUGGCUGGGUCAGCUGGUGGAAUGGUUACCAGAGCACUUAUCAGUCCAUUUGAUGUUAUUAAAAUCCGUUUUCAGCUGCAGAUCGAGCGCGUGUCRUCACAAAGACGCGAAGGAAAAUACUGGGGAAUAUUUCAGGCAUCCCGAAGUAUUUAUUCAGAGGAGGGUCUCACUGCUUUCUGGAAAGGUCACACACCAGCGCAGCUCCUCUCUAUCUGCUUUGGAGCCGUCCAGUUUGUCAGUUUUGAGUUUCUGACCAAGAUGGUUCACAAGUCGACAUCGUACGACAGCCGGACUCCAGGAGUUCAUUUUUUCUGUGGAGGCUUGGCAGCCUGCUCUGCUACAGUGGCCUGCCAGCCUCUGGACACGCUGAGGACACGCUUCGCAGCUCAGGGAGAACCCAAGGUAGAACAUUAGCCUGCUUUUACUUUGAUUUAAUCCGYCAAMCCCUUUAAUCCUUUCAGAAACCAAUGUCAGACUCUGCUGAGCCAUGUCAUUUAUAGCUUUUUAGUUCUKCACACGCAUUUUUGUGUGUCCCUUCUUUUACGAAACGUGAGAAGCCUGAUCUGUGGCAGUGGAGCGGGAAUUAUCAGUAAAACCCUCACAUACCCCUUCGAUUUGUUCAAAAAGAGGCUGCAGGUGGCGGGCUUUGAGAAAGCCCGCGCUCACUUCGGACAGGUGCGGACCUACACAGGCCUGAUAGACUGCGCGGUUCAAAUAGUCAAAGAGGAAGGGAUCCGAGGCUGCUUCAAAGGCCUCUCUCCCAGCCUUCUGAAGGCCGCGCUGUCCACAGGCUUCACCUUCUUCUGGUAUGAGUUCUUCCUCAACGUCCUGUGCAACAUUAGGGAAAAACGGGAAGGCCAAAAGGAGAGAUGACGCGUAAUGAAAAAAAYGACAUAGGAAAUGAGGCAAUCACGCACAUUAUAAACGCACUAAUGCCUUGUUGCACUGAACACRUCACUCAGCCGGGAAACUGAGCGGGUUUAUUUGGGUUUCUAUGGUGUUUACAAAUGUUAMGCAAGUGGAUAAAUGUCUACACGAAAUGACAUGUUGCUGUAUCAUUUACUUUUAUUUUGUAAGCAUUAUAUUUUUGUYGAGGAGUUUGUAUCUUGCUUGACUCUUGCGCACAACAAUGUCAAGUUUGUUUCAGUGUUAAAUAAUCAAAUUCUAUUGAUAAUCGAUWGUCAUCUGGUGGCGACAAAACGGUUUUCAAGCCGUAUCGGAGACAAAGCAGCUGAAACCUCUCUGGGUCCACUGGGUCGACUAAUCAAAUCAGAUAAAGUUGGUCGCGAACGUCAUGGUGUCACGACCAUCACUUUUCCUGAAAAUAAUUCAAUUACUGACCAAAGACUAGGUAGAAAGUUAUAAGUCGUUUUUUCACACAUGCUGACCAGCAAUUGGUAAUUCUGCAGGGACCCAWCUUGUCCAGAAUGGACAGCAGAAGGAAAUGUGUGUCAAAAAAUGUGUUGAUUGGCCAAACRGUGAGCACYGUUCACCAGACCCAGUGACUGGCUGCUACACGCAUCAGUGUGCAUCUUCAGCCAUUGAUCAGGUUUGAUGGUAUAUAUGAGGCUAAUCUUCCUCAGCAAUUAUCCGGCAUCUMAGACRUCUCUMCUACCAGGAAACUGCAAAAUGUUGUCUUACGUAAGCCUAAAAUAUGACUCGGUCCCUAUCAAAUGGGGACUAAAGUGUGUGCAAGGCAUUUUCUGUCUGGUGACCCUCAGUUGCCACUUUCAGUAAUGCCACCACUUAUCCACUUUGAUGGCCAUGUUGGCUUUCUGUUCCCAAUAUGUUUGAACUUUGCCACUGUCUCCAUGCUGGCUGUCCAAAUGCGUUGAGUGCUUGUUAUCAGCCUCAGAUUCAGCUGAAAAUACGCUGAMGGACACAUGUUUGCAAAGCUUCUUGUAAAGAUGUGUAAAAAUGCAUAUUUUUUAAAAUUGCUAUAGCUUUGACCUCUCCUCUUUGCACCAUUUUUCUAAAUAACCCAGACUUUUGGGUCCCCUGUUACGCUCUCUUCAUGUGCAAUUUUUCAGCUGGCGAUCAGCAUAUACAUGUUGAUUUAUCAAUAUGUUUUGAAUAAAUUACCUCUUUAAGUCAUUUAUGGCACAAUUUUUCCUARAGAGGGCAAAACAUUUAGACUGAAAAAAAUCCUGGUCCUUGAAACAGACCAAGAGGAUCGCUGAUCCUUUACUGUCUUCAGUCUCWUCAUAUUUAUGAUCCAGGAAAUUUAGGAGGUCAUUGAGAACUAACGAGAAAUUCUCAUUAAGUAAGAGAAYGAUUUCUUAACAUAGGAUUUUCCUCUCCACCAAGUAAAUGCUGCUGCUCUGCUUGCUUCUCAGACUCUGGUCUGUCUUCUUCUUUUGUUUUGUUUUGUGUCGCAUCGCUACGUCACACUUGUUGUGGAUCCUGUUUCUGUUCUCUGCUCAAAAUGGAUCAGAGAACAGAAUGGAUCUUCUGCACUCGAAGAUGACAGAUUGAAAGCACACGAGAACAAAGUUAAAGGGAUUUAUCAAAUGCGGUGGAUAUGUCUUGGCAGGUAAACACCUUGGUGAAAGUUUAACCUGAACUUUGCACAUUUUCUGCUCAGUUUUACGGUUGUUACCUUGUAUAUUCUUGGACACGUGAUAUUUAUUUUGAUAUUCACUUUAUUUAGUGGGAAAAACCAAAUGGAACCUUAAAGUUUAUAACUUGUUUAAAUGUCUCACUUUGAGUUAAACUUACUGACCUUUGUUGCUUCAUGUGUUUAUAUGGUCUUCAUUUCUUUGUGAAUAAAAUGUACAACCACACUGCUAAAA